AUUUCAUUUUCAGGAACGUAGAAGUGUUAAUUUUGUUCCAGAAUCUCUCAGAAUUGCAACAUGGCUGAGGUUGGCAGCGACCUCAGAGGGUCCAUCUGGUCCAGCCCAUCCUUGAGCAGGGAACUCAAAGCAGCAUGCCCAGCACCACAUCCAGGUGGCUUUUAGAGAUCUCCAAGAAGGAGACUCCACAACCUCUCUAGACAACCUGUGCCGGUGCUCCAGCACUCGCAGUACAUUUGAGGAUGAUCACAUGAAAGCCACCUGCACAAAUAACUGCUCAGUGUAUUCAAAAAAGCUGAAAUCUGAAGCAAAAUCUGAAAACUGUGUAGUGCAGUGUGCACUGUUUUCAGUGCUGUAAGCUUCAUGUGUAACUGUAACAUUCAGGUUUGUGUAGCAAAUUAUACUACUACAUUUUGUUUUCUCUUCCAUUCUCUCCUCUGCUGCACGCAAAGCCUUACCAGAUCUCUAGAGGCAGAAAAAAAUAACCAGACAAAUCCUUUGAUAAAACUGAAGAGGCAAGUCACCUAUAGACACGUAUUCAGCCCUUAGCUUGCAGAGCUCCCUGAACAGUGGCUUUUAUUCAUCGGUGCUUUUGGAGUUGUCUUAAUGUAAAACCAAAUAUUAGAGGAAAACACGUGCUUGAUUGUGAACACAGUUAUUCUUACCUAAAAGAUGUGUGUAACCUCAGAGUAGCAGUGUGCUACUCCUGCAUUGACAAUGGAAAUUAAAUGAAAAGAUUCAGGUGUUUGUGUAAGAUGGAAUUUAAAAGGAGGAAAUACAGUGCUUAGGUAGGUGAAGUAGUUUUGCCUGUUGUCAGAAGAUUAUGUUUUUGGAAAGGAGCUUAGUAUUGAUUCAUUUCUGCUACCAGUGUUUUAAGAGAUCUGGUAGCUUGAUUCUGUCUGGCUAUAUACAAUGUGCUUUCCAGCUGUUUCCGGCUUUGGUAGACUUGAGUGUGUUUGCAGUUUGAAGUGCUGCAAAAAAAUGGAAUGAUCUUAAUUACAGAAUGGGAGCAGAUCACUCAAAAGUCAGGAUUAGUGCAGUCAGCACCAUUUUAUAUUAGACUAGAAAGUACCUUUAGGAAAAAAAGCAACCAACUGUGAUUGGGAAACUUAUUUCCUAAUAGGGAGAAAAUCUUUGGAGUGAAUACAGAGCUAUUUUAAAUCUAAUUGGCUUUGGUCAAUUUGUGAAGACUGAUGAGGCUGUCCAGGUACUUCAGGCAGCUAAUCUGUUGCUCAGUGCUGUAGACCCCUAUUGUGCAUUGGUCAAAGAGUAGAAAUAUUUUACCUAGUUUUUCCUUUGUGAAGAAGCAUGCAAAUGUAGCUAACAAAGAUGUAGUGUGUUUUGGAUACAAUGUCUGAAGAGGAAGGGAAGAACCUACAUCUUAAGUUUAAAGUAUUCUGAAGUUAAAAAUGUUCCAACUUGCAUCUUGCUUAGAAUUUGUUCCAGGAAUACUGUGCUGGGAUAAGGCACUGAGCAGUCCAGCAUCUACCCUUAGCCCUUAAGGACGCUUUGCAGUCUAAAUGCCUCACUCUUUUUAAAUGAGGCCUGGUAACUUACAGGCUGGGUUGAUGGGCCGAGUCCAGUGGGAUGGAAUUCAGCAAGAGCAAGUGGUGGGUCCUGCAUUUCGGUUGCAAGAACCGCAUGCAUCACUACAGGCAUGGAGCAGAGUGGCUGGCAAGCUGCAUGGAGGAGAAGGAUCUGGAGGUUUUAGUUGACAGACAACUGAAUGUAAGCCAGCAGCGUGGCCAGGUGGCAAAGAAGGCCAAUGGCAUCUUGGCUAGGAUUAGAAAUAAGGUGGUUAUCAGGAACAGGGAGGUGAUGAUCGCUCUAGUCGGCACUGGUGAAGCCACACCUUGAGUAUUGUGUUCAGUUUUGGGCCCCUCAUUAGCAGAAAGACACUAAGGACCUGGAGUGUCUCCGGAGAAGGGCAACAAAGCUGUGGAGAUUCUGGAGCACAGGUGUUGUGGAGAGCAGCUGAGGGAGCUGGGAUUGUUCAGUCUGGAGAAGAAGAAAUUAAGGGAAGACCUUUUUGCUCUACAGCUCUCUGAAAGCAGGUUGUAGUGAGCUGGGGGUCAGCCUCUGCUCACAGGUAACAGCAAUGGGAUGAGAGGUGAUGGCCUCAAGAUGUGCCAGGGGAGGUUCAGGCUGGAUAUUAGGAAACAUUUUUUUCUCAGAAUGAGUGGUGAGAUCUUGGAGCAGGCUGCCCAGGGAGGUGGUGGAGUCACUGUCGCUGGAGGUGUUCAUGAAAAGCGUGGAUGUGGCAGAGGGACGUGGUCUGGAGCAGUCACAGGGAUAGGUUGAUGGUUGGAUCUUACUGGUCUUUCCAACCUUUAUGAUUCAAUGAACUUGUGUUAAAGCCACUGUUUCAGCUUUGUGCUGAAGGUCCAUACUUAAAACAAUUGUGGUGUCACAUUAGAAUGACUUUUUGUUUAAUACUUGUUUCUUUCAGAAUCUUGCAAUGUGGCUGUGGUGAUUAUUGGUAACUCACCAAGUGAGCGUGGCAGAUAAUGAACCGCAGCAGCAGCAGCUUUCUGACAGGGAAGUGCUGCGCAUAUAGAUGAGUUGCUGCCUUCAUGAGAUGGGCAAAUGCUUGUUGGUUUGUUUAAACCUUCUUUUCCUGUUUAUUCAAAGAAUUCAUCGUUGAAAAUGCACUCUCUUUCUUGAUGUGGACUUGCUUGCUGGCUGGAGCCGGUGGUGAACUUUGCUGCCUGAAUCCAGGCAGUAAGCUGUCGUGCUUCGCUGUCUUGAAACAGAACCGAGCUCCCCGUGGCCGGGGAGUUGGAUGCCCGUUCCCCUCGUGCGGAGCGAGGCCGGGGUGAAGCGGCGGAGUGGAGCGGUGCUCUGAGGGGAGCGGCGGGGCGGGCUCGGACUCGGGGCGGCCUUUGCCGCGGGCGCUCGCCCUGGCUAGCGGCUUCGGGUGGAAUAAAGCCUCAGUUUCACCUCACGGGGCAGAGCGAGGGCGCGUCUCCACAGGGCAUGGAGGGGCUCCCGCAGCCCUCGCGAGGAAUGCCCUCCCCGAGCCUGGAGGGCAGCGAUAACCUUCGCCCCUCACGGGCGCUGCGGGCGGGAAGGGGAGGGCAUCGCCCGCUCGCUCUCUUCUUCCGCCCCCCCCGCCCUGCACACGCAGGUGUCGGACGGGAGUGUGCUGUCCGCAGUACCAUGGCGGGGGCUGCGAGGGACAGCCCGGAGCGCCCGGCGGCGGAGGAGAAGGAAUACAAGCUGUCCGUUUGCGGCAAGUUAUGCUACGCGAUAGGAGGAGCCCCGAAUCAAGUGGCAGGGAGCGCAGCUUCCUUCUUCCUGCAGAUCUUCCUGCUGGACAUAGCCCACAUUACUCCAUUUCAUGCCUCUUUGGUGCUGUUUGUUGGCAGAGCCUCAGGAGCUGUUACUGAUCCUGUUGCUGGCUUUUUUAUUAGCAAAAGUAGAUGGACAAAAAUUGGCCGGCUCAUGCCUUGGAUGCUGGCAUGUACACCCUUCACAAUAGUGUCCUACUUUUUCAUGUGGUACCUGCCUCCAUUUGUCUCAGGAAGGGUUGCAUGGUACCUGACUUUCUACUGCAUUUUCCAAGCACUGACCACAUUAUUCCAAGUGCCAUACUCUGCUCUCAUCAUGUUUCUCAGCACAGACCAGAAAGAGAGAGAUUCUGCAACAGCAUACCGAAUGACAAUGGAAGUCCUUGGGACCUUGGUUGGAGCUGCACUUCAGGGGCAAAUUGUGGCCAGUGCUCAUCUCUCUCAUCACUGCACUUUGAACCCGCUGGUAAACACCACCAGCCCUACCCAAUCCUCGCACGACACUCCUGGCUUUUCUGAGCCCUCAGUCCCCUUGUCUCAUCAAGCAAAAGUCUAUAUGAUUGCAGCAGGGGUUAUAGGAGGUAUAUAUCUUCUGGGAAUUAUCAUUCUUUUUCUUGGAGUAAAGGAAAAAGAUGAUCCUUAUGCCUUGAGUUCAGACAGAGCAAUUCCUUUUUGCAAGGGGCUUGGACUCACCAUGAAGCAUGGCCCAUAUGUGAAACUUACAGCUUCAUUUCUUCUCAUCUCAACAGCAGUUCAGCUGGAGCAGAGCAACUUUGUCCUAUUCUGUACUCAUGCAGCUGAUCUUCGCUAUCACUUCCAGUAUUUGGUGGUGACCAUCUUGGUAUCAGCAGCUGUGAGCAUUCCCUUCUGGCAGAAGUUUCUGCAGCGAUUUGGCAAGAAGUGUGCAGCAUGUGGGAUUUCGUGGAUGAUUCCUUUUACAGUCAUGCUAGUGACCAUUCCAAACCUGAUCCUGGCUUACUUUGUGGCUUUUGUCUCUGGUCUGAGCAUUGCAGCAUCUCUGCUGUUGCCAUGGUCAAUGCUGCCUGAUGUUGUCGAUAACUUUCGCCUGCAGAAUCCUCAUGGAAAAGGACAUGAAACCAUUUUCUAUUCUUCUUAUGUUUUCUUUACCAAGAUGUCUGCAGGAAUUGGCUUGGGAAUUUCUGCAGCUUGCCUGGAGUUUACUGGGUACAAGCCAGGAAUAUGCAGACAAUCCAAGGAUGUGAUCCUCACACUGAAAAUCCUCAUUGGAGCAGUUCCUGCUGUCCUCAUCCUUGUAGGUUUAUUUAUACUUCUCUUCUACCCAAUCACUGAAGAAAGUCGGAAAGAAACAAAGCUUGCACUUGAAGCUCUAAGAAGGAGCCAUCAAAGCACAGAGAACCUGGAUGACCACAAAGAGGAUUCCUCAGUCUGAAAGUUCUGAAUACAAAGACUUCCUAAACUCUAUUUCACAUCCCACACACAAACUCUGUGAGAGUCUUUUGGGUCAUUUCCAUGCUCCCGUAUUGUCAGAAAGAAUAAAGAAUGAUUCUGAUAGUAAUGAAAUCAAGAGAGGGACAUCACCAUGCAAAAUGUAGGUAUAACUCCAUGCACUGUUCUAAAAGAGACAUUACAACCAUUCAGGAAUGCAAGCUAUUGGAGAUUUGGGUUUUUUUUUUUCUUUCUUUGUUUUCCAGUGAUAACAUAAAGCUGUGAUCUUUUUGCAACAGAAUGGUCUAAGAACUUGUAGGCCAAGGGAAAAGGGUUUACAUUUGGUGUACUACCCAAAUUUAAACAUCUGAUAUGUAUCAGCCUCAGAGGCUGAGGUGAUUUCUGAACCCAUAAACCUAAUCUCUACCUAUAAAUUGCACACCAGCAUGUUUAGGAAGCACUUUGGAAUCCUGAUGUGUGCUAUAAACAUUUAGGAUUUCAUUAGUUUUGAAAUGAAACAAAUCAGAGAUGCAGGCAUGUUCUGAAGAUUUUCUCACAGAGUGAUUUUGAAGGAGGAUUUGAUGUAAUUUAACUUUAUAGAUUUUGUAUGAAACAGAACAUUAAGUUUCCCAUGCUAGAGUUCCUUGUUCCACACACCUUUGAACUGAUCUUUGUCAGUGUGAGUAUUUUAAAAACCACAUCUCCACUCAAGCCACCCAAGAUCAGUUGUCUCUUCCAAAAAUUAGAGUAUGCCAUUCAAAUUUCUGUAAUUUGGCCUUUAAGCAAUUGUGAUUCCCACUUGUUUUUCAUGUGAUGUAGUCUCAUCCUUACCAAAUAUCAUGGCAUUGCUGUUAAUCUCAGCUUGCACACAGUGUUUAUAAUGACGAGGCUACGCCUGACUUUUCAGUGGUGAUUCUUUUCAGUUAGAGUUCUCAUCAUGCUUUAGAUAGAUGAUCAGAAACCUCACUUCUACUAUAGAUUCACACUGCUGAACACAUUUUGUUGAUACAAGGCACAACUAAUGGCUGGUGCUUUGUGGGGUAGUUAAGUUCAGGCCUAGUUUUUUGGGGUUUCUUGAGGAGUCAGUGGAGAGAUAGACACCUCCAGAGUCUGAUUCCAAUCUCAAGCUAAAGUGACUGGACUCUGAAGGCAGAUAUCUAAAUUUGGAGGGGAGAGCAAUGAAUCCAAGAGCUGAAGGCUUGUUCUCAUGAAGAAAUUAGCACAGUGCAAGACAAGACACGAAUUUACAGUCCACUGUCUUCACGUAUGAAUAUAUGGGAGGGUGCCUUAAUUCUGUGCUGGAAGUGCCUUUGGAAGAGCUGCACACCACAUUUGGGAGGUGUCACUGGGUGCAGUAAUCAUAAGGAUUUUGCUCGGGGCCAUCUGGGGAGGCAAAUCAUGGUGCUGGGACUGAAAACCGGGAAAGACAUUGUGAAAUAAACCCAGUGCAUCCACAGAGUGUCUCAUCAAGUUUGAUAUGGAAACGUAAAUCUUUUCAGGCAAUUCUAAGGGCUAAUGAGCUGCCUUGGUUUGGUGAAAUGCUUAAUCAUGAGUGAGCCUUUAAGGAUGUAUUUUGAGUGUAUGUGGGUAAGCGUGAAUGAUGUUUAAGACUUGUAUUGAACUGAUAUCUGGGGAUGUUUUUUUUUAGGUUUCAGCUCCUGAACAAACCAAGAUUUGUGUUGCCUGGGGCAUAUGUGUUUACAGCAAUAAAAACCAUAAGUCUGUUUAGAAUUUUCAGUCUAACAGGAUUUGAAAUACAAGAAAUACUUCAUUUUAAAGUAGGUAAAUGAUGUAGUAUUAUUACAUAGCUCCUAAACAUCAUAGAAAACAAUCUGGGGGAUUUGAUUUAUUCUGUUACAUUUGUGUCUGUCUGAAUGGUCUCCUUUAAAAACAUCCCCAAGUCCCAGCAAAGCCUAUUAAUUUUAAUGGGUUUUGCUUUCAGCUGCUAUAAAUCUGUAGCUACAAGGUAAAGAUCCCACAUCUGUGUACUUAAGCCAAAAUCUUAGUCCAGUGAUAAAAAGGUUGCAGAAACUCCUGGCUGACCAGAAAAACAUGAGUAUGGCCUAAGAUACUAUUGCUAGAUCAGUUGUGGAGUUGCCUCUGAACAGCGUAGCACCCCCAUUUAAUUUCUUGCACGGUAAGAUUGGUUGAUUGACCAUAAACUCUGCUCCAGUGAGACAAUGUGAUGCUUCACUAACAGGGAGGCACUCAGUCUUCGCUGUGCGUAUAGUAAUAGCAGUGGGAAUUGCCAAAAUACAAUGGAAAAUAUCCAUAGAUGAAAUGUGGCAAAGUGUUUUUGUAUUUUGAAAAUCACAGCUAUUUUAUUUGAUGAUCAGAAGUUUACUUUUGUUAAGAAAAUGAAGGUAUUUUUCUAAGUGAAAGGAAGGGAAGAAUGAAGCGCAGGGUAAGUUUUUUUGUGAUUUUCUUUUUUUUAGAGCUUAUUGUUGGUGCUGUAAAACAAAUGACCUUUGUGUAUUUUCUUGUGAGCUUUAAAUGAUGCAUACUCUGCAUGUAUGUUCAGUGCAUGUGACUGGAAGAAGUAGAUUCUCUUAUUGACAUCCAUUCAUAUAAAUGCCAAUCUAACAUAAACCUCCUGCCUCUCUUGCUCGUCAGUAAGAAGGGCCAGGCUCCCUCCCCAGGGGCUCUCAUUCAAGUAAUACCCAAAUAAAUUGUAAGAACAUGGGAGAUUGGAUUAAGCCAGCUGGGGGUCUGAUGGACAGAAUUCCCACCUACCUGCAAACUGUUCCAAUAAAUGGAUUUACACAAAUAGAGGGAGAAAAGGACAAGAGAAUUACGUGUCCCUGGGUAGCCCCCUGUAAUGCAGACUGUGCCCAUUCUGCGCCCUUGUGUGAAGUAAGCUGAUGGCACCCAAAUCUUCUAGACUGGCUUGGUUGCUGCUAUAGGCAGUAGCGGAGCUUGUCACACGUCACCUCUUCCAGUUUCAUCCUCUUUGUAGUUUCUGUUCAAAAAUAAUGCUGAAAACUUCCAGCUGGAGCAUUGCUGCUGGCAGUCGGUCUCGCAGCAGGUCGCAGCUGACUGUGCAGACAAGUUGCUGUUCCCUGUCACUGCAGGAGAGGGUUGCUGCUGGCAAUGCCACCAGCCAUGUCGGGCUGCCCUGUCUGCCCCUGGCUCGCGGGCUGCUGCAGCUUAGGGGGAUUAGAUCCCUUGUGCUGAGUCCCCUACUUCGUUAGGUGACAUCGGACAUCUGUCCCUGGGCACUUCCUUAGGUUUCAGGUCACCAGGUUUUCAAGAGGGGCUCUGCAGAUUUGAGAACUAAUUCCUUAUGCCGCUUCUGCACCUCCUCAUAAUCACUGCCGGAGUCAAUCCCUGCUGCACCCUCUGGUCUCUUUUCACCUUCUGUAGCUCGAGUAAAAUCCUCAAAGUUGACAGAGCUAAACUCUGCUUUUUUGGGUCCACAGAUUGUUGCCAAUUAUCAUUUGUUCGUCUCCUUUUCUACUUGCCUGUCUGGGUUGUAGAUAAAAAACUCAAAACUAAAUCAGUCAUCUCCUUCGGAGGGGGAAUUUCCUCGAGAGAAGUCUAAGUCCUCUAAGACCUGGUGUUUUUUGGCAAACUCUUUGAAAACAAGCAAAGAAGGCAAGGUUGUUCCAAGUCUCGUGCAGUAGUGCACAGCCAGUAGCGGUUUUGUGUUCAGCAGUCAAUCACAUACCUUGUAUGAAUUUCAUAUCAUUGCUUAAAAAGUAGAAAAACAGCCUCAAAGAGUUAGAGUAGAAGCUUUCCCUUCAGAAAGCUGCUUGCCUCAUUGAUGGGGAGGUCACCUGGAUUCGUGCAACUGACAGCUGAGUGAGUUUCUGUUUGCAUGUAAUUUCCUUCUGAGAUCACAAGUGCCUUGCUCUGCUCUGAGUGCUUUUUUUUUCCACCUUAACUUUCUGUAAGACCACAGUUCAAAUACGAGCAAGAAUGCUGAUUAGUAUGGUUAUAAAAAUGAGUUUAUAUUAUAGGUUUAAGAUAUGAAAUUAGAUAGCUUUCACAUCAUUAAGCGCCAAAUCUGCUGCAUAAACACGUGCUAACUCACUGUGAGGCUUCAUUUAAAAGACAGAGGCUUCUCUGAGCACAUGCCUCAGUCUUUGAGGUGGAGGAGGAGACGACUCUGGCUUGCACCUGAGAUCUUGCAGUCUCUGAAAACACAAGUUGGUGAAACAGAGAGCUGAGCAGACAACUGAGGGAGGAUGGUCCUGGAGCCACAGCACUCUGCAGGAAAGGUGGGUCCCAGUGUAACAUCGGAGAUGUCUAUAGAGCAGUGACUCGAACCCCAGCUGGAGAGCAGCAGUGCUGUUGGAUGGCAGGGAGACGUGUCUUUUCUAAAGGCGUAGAAUCAGAAGUAAGAUUUAGGUCUUGAUCAAGUUCUUGUCUGGCUUUCUCUCUUUGCUUUUGCUGCAUUCUGCUGCAGGUGGUGAGGACCCAAUGGGACUGACACUUGUUCAGCUUCACCAGAUGGAGAUAUGCCUUGCAGCCCCACAUCCAUCCCCUGCCUGACUUUGCUGAUGCCCACGGAAUCGCUUACCUUCAGCAAGGGAUCGAUGGGAUUUCCUUCACAGCUUACUAGGCCCCAUCAUCUCUUUCACCUAGAGGAUUUUUUUACCUAGAGAUUACCUUUUCACCCUAGCAUCCAUUCAGGCCACCAGCGUGUCAUGUUGGUAACAGAACCAGGCUUACAACAGCUGACCAGUUUCUUUUUUUUUUUUUUUUGAGCUGCAGUCUGUGGGGAAGAAUUUCCAUUUCCAGAACAAACUCACCCUUUGCCCAUCAUCAGAGUCAUUGAGAAGAGUCUGCACGUUGCCACCUGCAUCAGCUGCAGCAUUUCCACCAAUGCAGACCUCCUUGUCAGAUUCCCUUUGCAGCUUUUAGCUUUGUUGUACCUUUAAUAUCAUGUUUUGUGGGCAGAUGAUUUUUGACAGUGGCUAAAUUUCCAAACAGGCAAUAAAAAAGAGAUUACAUUA